AUGUAUCACGUGAAUACUAAAUUAAACUUUCAAUUAAAAGAAAAUGCCAACGAUGCCUUAAAGGGUCGUGUAUUCGAAGUUUCUCUUGCUGAUUUGAAUAAAGAUGAAGAACAAGCUUUCCGUAAGAUCAAACUCAGAGUUGAUGAGGUACAGGGUAAAAACUUGUUAACCAAUUUUCAUGGCAUGGAUUUUACCUCUGAUAAACUUCGAUCUCUGGUCAAGAAGUGGCAGUCUCUAAUCGAAGCUCACGUUGACGUAAAGACAACGGAUGGUUAUUUGUUGCGUCUCUUUGCUAUUGCCUUUACAAAAAAGCGACCUAAUCAAGUUCGAAAAACUACUUAUGCUCAAUCAGAACAAAUUCGUCAAAUUCGAAAAAAGAUGUUUGAUAUUAUGAACCAGCAAGCCGCUACUUGUGAUUUGAAAGAGUUGGUACAAAAAUUCGUACCCGAAUCAAUUGGUCGUGAAAUUGAAAAGGCUUGUCAAGGAAUUUAUCCCCUUCAAAAUGUAUACAUCCGUAAAGUUAAGAUUAUCAAAAGUCCUAAGUUUGAUGUACAAAAAUUAAUGGAAUUACAUGGAGAUAAUCUUGAUACUGGUUCCAAAUUGGGUGGUAGUAAAGAUUUUAAAGAGCCUGAAAUUCAAGAAUCGGUGUAA